AUGAUCAUCGCGCCUGUUUUUUUUUUCCACGAAUUCUCCUGGGACAAUCCGUCGGAAGCCUUCACGCCUGACGAGCUUGCUUCGGCGGCCACGUUUGAGGACAGAUUUUUCCUGGAGGUGUUCGAUGCCGUUGGUGGCGGUCUCAUUUGCCGGUCGCCCGAGUUCAGCCUGGAAGCGGACGACGCGUCGAACGAGUCGGACACCUCUACGUUGCUCCUGCUGCUCACGCCCGCGGCGCUGCUGCUGCUCUGCUGCUGCGGUGUAUUCUUCGUGGCCUGCCCGUACUACGACAAAAUUGUCCGCAGGCGGCGUCGAAACGACCUUCGGCCUAGCCUGAUCGAUGUGGACGACACGUACAUCAUCGACGGCGAGGGACAACCGGCUAUCCUCGCGUUGGAUUCUCAUGUGAUACCCCUAGCCCAUGCCCACUUCUGGCCGAUCGACGUGACCGGCAGCCUUAAUGCAAGCCGCAACGGCCCCUCCUACGUCCUCCGGCGAGCGGGGUCGGGCAAUGGCGGCGGCGGCAGCGGCGGCGGGGGAGCGACCACCACUAACUCGGGCAGCUGGACCAGGACGGUCCUCGCGAUGGGCCACAGCGUCACGGAGAGCAUUGGCAGGGCGGCCGGCCUAACGAUUCACAGCGCCGGCACGAGUGGAAGCGGCGGCGGCGGCGGCGGGCGGGGGGCCGGGGGGGUGGGUGGUUCUGGGGGGAGCACCGGACGGAACGGCGGUCACGUGGCCGGGGAUCAUCUUGCCCUCGACGACGCGUGUAGUGGCGUUGCCGCGGUCGCGGGAAGGGGGGCGAGCGUGGCCGGGAGCGGGGAGGUGGUGUCGAGCUCGUCUUCCUGGGGGGGGAUGAGAUCGGGGGCCACGUGGGCGUUUGGUGGCGGAGGAAAUGCGGCGGCGGUGGCCCCGGCGGACGACAGCAAUAGCGCCCCCUCUGCAUCGUGGUACUCGAGGCAAUCCUCGCUAGUAGACUUUGCUGCAUUGCUCGGGCGGGCGGAGAACAGCAGCAGCAACAACAACAACAACGGCGGUGCACCGGAGAGCGGGGGCGGCUGGAUGCCCGGCGUGGGCAGGAACGCGAUCGGCGCGGGGGUGCUGGGGAGGGUCGGCGGCGGUGGCAGCGGCGGCAGCGGCGGCGGCAGCGGGAGCUACGACAGGGAGAAAGUGGUGACUGUCAUCGUUACUGGUGUGGAAGCGGACCAGGUCGAGAUCGUCGAGGUCUCUCGGGCCGUCGCCCUCGACGAGGCCGGGGUGGAAAUACCGGCGAUGACGACAGCAGUCGUGGGCUUGGAGAUCAUGGAAGACUUCUCGGACCACGAGUCGAUGGACGGCAGAGUCGCGACGAGCCCGAUUCACUCCCCUGCUGCCAUGGCGUAG